UAUCUGUUCUUAUACUUCUGCUCUGAUCGGUGAGGCGCCAUGACGGACCGAUACACCAUCCACAGCCAGUUGGAGCAUCUGCAAUCCAAGUACAUUGGCACUGGCCAUGCAGACACCACCAAGUGGGAAUGGCUGGUGAAUCAGCACCGUGACUCCUACUGCUCCUACAUGGGCCACUUUGACCUGCUCAACUACUUUGCCGUGGCUGAGAAUGAGAGCAAGGCCCGAGUGCGCUUUAACCUGAUGGAGAAGAUGCUGCAGCCGUGUGGGCCGCCCAUGGACAAGCCGGAUGAGUCCUAGAGACCGGGCAGUGACUGGUGCCGUGGACUUGAUGCUCUCCUCCUCGUGGUCGGGGGGAAGGGGGGGGGGCUUCUUACGUUUAGUUCCUUACGUGGAUUUUACAUUUCUUUUUAUUGUAAUAGAAACGUAUCAAUCCUGCUCAGUGCAGACCAAGCAUUUUUACACUGAAUUAAAGCCCCUUUCUGUUCAAAAAAAUAAAAUAAU